CCAUGUGUGAGCGCGUGCGUGAUCUUGAGCUAGAAAUGAAGAGACGGCUUCGUCUGGGCCCCACGCAGAGCCCCGUGGUGAGCACCACUCUCAACAGACGGUACACGGAGGCCAGAGCCGUCUCGGUGGCUCGCUGGGGGACUGCCUGCCUCUUUCUGGCCCUCCCGCUGCUACUUGACCUAUACCUCCACCUCCUGAGCUACUACAGUGGUCUCAGAGACGCAGUCGUGUGGUACAUCGAAGUACUUGUGUUGGGUCUCCUAGCUCUGAGUGGGCUCUACGACUGUGUCUUCUGCUCCCACGUGGCUCUCUCGCGCCCUCACGUGGAGCUCACCCCAGCUCAGAAGAAACUCCUGCGUGUUGGCACUGGACCAGAGAGUGGUUAUGAUACUGUCAAUACACCAACUCCUUUUGGAGUCCCUCUCCCCCAACCCUUGUCCUCCUCUUCCCUCUCCCAGAUCUCACCCCUGGCUCUCCUCACGCCCUCCCGCCAUCCUUCGCCGUACAUCACCCCUCGUUCUCCGCACACUCCACAAAGCUCUCACUCCACACCUGCACACACUCCCAGGAGUGGAGGUGUCAUAUCAAGCCAGCAGGCUCUGGAGUCCUACCUCAGCUCCGAGACGGAGAGAGAGCUGGGUUUGACCCCUGACCUCUCCUGGCCUCCUAGACCCUCCCCCGACACACCCUCCACUCUCCGCAAGUACCAUGUGGCCACCAGAGGUCAGAGUCCGUCUCGUGACAGUGGCUCUCCACUUGUUACCGAGGACGACGCUGUGUGGGUGGAGCUUGGGAUCAGUCGAGGGAACCUCAUUCGAUGGACUGAGAACUGUCGCCGCUGGCUGGCGGAGACGGUGUUUGUACCGGUGGCUGCCGAGAUUGACAAAAUCAACCAGACACUGGCCAAAGGCUCCACCCCAACUGUUAAAAUUGGAGCUGCCAGUUCCAAUGAUCUGAGGAGAGAGAGCAAGCGAAGAGCCCCGCAGGUCCCCACACUCCAUUUAGUGCUCCCCUACCUCGAGCUCACCUCGAAACAGGCCUACCUCGUCCAGAGAAUCAGAGAGCUAUCGAGUGGAGGGUGUUUGAGUGUGUAUCGAUGGAAUGGAGGAGGAGCGUGGAACGGAAGACCCUGGACCCAGGAACUGCCCACUGACCCACAGAUAGUGCUCCACCUGCUCUGUGUAUAUCUGGACAGUCAUCUUCCUCUCUCUCCCCUCUUCACCAACGGACGACCUUUCACCUCUCACUACCUCAUCAAGAGCCCUGAUAAACCGGUGGCCAGAUCGCCAGGAGUUGCCGUCUACCAGUCCACCCUACUCCCUCCUCACUACAACGUCAGUCACUCCUACCAACAAUAUUCAACAUUCUUCUAGUAUAUUAGUGCACCAACCUUCUCUCUUUGUCUUCCAUAUAUAGAUUGUGGUAGGAGACAAGUUGGUGGACAUACCAAAGGGAAGAAACAAUCUGUUCCAAGCCAUUGUGGCACUGCUUCAUCUCCUGAAGACCGGGAAUGACUCCUCGUCUCAGCAGCAACUCGGGUCUACAGACCCCCUCCUGAUGACGUCUCUACAACUGUCCUGGAUUGUCCAGUAGCUUGUGGAGACCUUCAGUGGGUGUGGUUUGCUUCAAUCAGAACUGAAUUUGACUCAUCUUGCAUUGAAAUUGAGCAUCUGUUUGAUUGCUGCCAUCCAAAUUAUUGAAUUAAACAUUGAUCAACAUUGAUCACUCGCAUUAAUAUUGACACUGGUAUUAAACUUUAAUCAGCAUUGAUCACUGAAAACAUGACGGAAUUUUAAACUUUGAUCACUAAUAAUGAGAGAGUGAAGCAUGUUGCUAUGCUAGAGAGUCAGCUGCUGUGAGAGCAGUCUUUGGCACAAGCUGCAAGUCCCUCAGCUCCUGCCACACCCCCUCCUCAUCACUGCCCCGCCCACCACUCCCCGGGGUCAUUGGCACGGCAACCACUACGGGGCG